AUCUUGCAGUGCAUAGAGGAAAAAAAAAUCUCUGCAUUGAAAAGCCACCCUGGAAAUGCUCCUUAGAUUGAUGAAUCAUUAGCUGCACAGUCUGCCUGGCCCUCUGGCUGCCUUUGCAUUGAGGAUGGGUGAUUGCGCUUGGCCGCAGGGAAAGUUGCGUCAGCUCCAGGAUUGGGAUCAAGUGUGUGCAUGUCUGCGUGGAGGGGGGCGUGUCUCACAAGUGUGUUGUUGGGCUCACAAUUCAGCCACGGCGCCUGUGGUCGUGCUUUAUUUUAGAGCCACCUCGCAGUAGUAGGCAGGGGGGUUGUACCCUUUGCUUCGUCAGGGUGACCUGCUCCGUGAAUCAGUCGAAGCCGUGAGAGCUGCUGCUGCAGCAUUGCAUCCCCCACAGGAAAAGCGCACGCUCCAGGCUGCUGUAAGUUGAUCAUUGAGGAUACUCUGUGCUUACCCAGAUGGCAAGGCAGGGAGCAUGGCCUGAUGGCACUCCCCGGUUCUAACCCUGCCUUGGAUGUCCCUGCUCCCUGGGGGAGAUGGCAGCACGGUGGGUCCUGCUGGGGCUCCUGGCCACCUACGCCACUGAGGCCACCAAGGACAUGCUGAACGUGUGCAUGGACGCCAAGCACCACAAGACCAAGCCGGGGCCGGAGGGGGAGCUGCACAACCAGUGCACCCCCUGGAAGGACAACGCCUGCUGCACGGCCAACACCAGCACAGAGGCUCACAAAGACCAGUCCUACCUGUACUCAUUCAACUGGAACCACUGCGGGGGCAUGAAGGACAAGUGCAAGCGCCACUUCAUCCAGGACACCUGCCUCUACGAGUGCUCCCCCAACCUGGGGCCCUGGAUCGUGAAGACGGACAGCAGCUGGCGCCGGGAGCGGCUCAUGAAUGUGCCACUGUGCAAGGAGGACUGCGACAAGUGGUGGGACGACUGCCAGGACUCCUACACCUGCAAGGAGAACUGGCACAAGGGCUGGAACUGGACGACAGGAAGCAACCAGUGCCCCCGGGCCUCUGAGUGCCGCCCCUUCAAGCUGGUCUUCCCUCGGCCAGCUGACUUGUGCGAGAAGCUGUGGUCCGGAUCCUACAAAUACACGACAGAGCGCCAGGGCAGCGGGCGCUGCAUCCAGAUGUGGUUCAGCAGCGCCCAGGCCAACCCCAACGUGGCCGUUGCCGAGUACUACGCCCGGCUUGGCGGGGCUCCCACGCCGGGGCCUGGCACCUGGCUGUUCCUGCUGGCCCCUGCCCUGCUAGCUCUGCUCUGAGGGCCAGAUGCUGGCUCUCCCGGCCUGGGGGGAAGGCUGCGGUGGCCCUCGCUGGGCUCUGGCUCCCCUUGGUUUAUGCUGGACCCAUUUUUGCUCUUGACACCGGGACAAAGGAGGCUGCUGAGGUGACAAAGAAGACCCCGGCUCCCCUCACCGCUUCGCUCCCUGCACCCAUCUCCUCCCUGGCUGUGUGCAGAGAACACCUCCUCCACAGUGCCCAGGGGCAGAACUUUCCCCCCACUCAGCAAGUCUGUCCUGGGUGUCCGUCUGUCCAGGAGAGUCUGUGCAGUUGCCCACUCCAGUGCCUGGCUUGUCUGUGCCCUUCGCUACAGGGGAGCCCACAGCCCUGACCUGGCCCCCAAGCCCCUGACUCUCACGACAGCAGCAACACAGCCCCAGGUGCUCUCCGCACAGCCUGGGCAGCCAAGCACUCCAAGGGGGCAACUAGGGGACCGUCAUCCCCAACCAGGGAGGGCUGGGAGCAUGCAGUUACCGGGCACCUCAUCUGCCCUGGAGGCUUGGGGCUGGGGGGUCUCCAGGUGAGCUCCGGGCACAUUGCCCCUCUCCUCUCCCAUCAGCUUCCUUUGCAGCAAGGGGCGAGUCACUGCUGUAGGGCACUGCUUCCAGCGCUCGGCCCCAGCCCAGCCCCUGCACCAGCGGGCUGCAAUAUCCCUGGCCGCUUGCACGUAAGCUCCUGCUGCAACCCCAGCCAGUGCUGCCCUCAGGCCUGCCAGCUGCAGCCGGCACCAACGCUGCACGGGCAUUUGGGGGUCAUGCAUGAGUGAGGGGACACAUCUACUUCCCCGGUGCACCUGGACCUGGCAAUAAACUCAAUCAACUCUCCGGGCUCAUGUCUUUGCUGCAUAAGUAUUUGGGGGUCAUGCAUGGGUGUGGAGGUCACAUCCACUUCCCUGGUGCACACAGAGCUGGCAGUAAACUUGGUUGAAACCUC